AUGGCAGCAGAAAUGGUCCGAUUCGACCAAGGGGAGAUGGACCUAUCGCCUGAUCCCGUAAGUGGCUGCCUGGGACAUGGUUGCUUCCGGAAAUUCAAAUUCAAACAUGAAGAUUCCCCGAAGUGUCCCACCUGCGCAGAAGUGGACGAGAACGCGGAGCACGUAUUCUUCACAUGCCCCCGUUUCAGUGACAUCCGGGAUACUGGGGAGACUGAACUGGGAAGAAAAGUCUCGCCCGAGAAUCUAGUAGAAACAAUGUUGUCAUCACAGACAGCCUGGGACGCAACGAGCAACUUUGCGGCGGAAGUCAUGAAGGAACUCAGAAACGAGGAACGCACGCGCAUGGUUGCAGUAUAG